AAAAGGCCGUAAGGUGGUACCUAGAAUAACCAAGAUAUCAGUUAUGGAGUUUCAAGGCUAUAAACUCUUAGGCUUCCUACUUCUGCUUGGCUCUUUGAGUCAUAGCAUCGCUGUUGCACCAAGAAAUGUCACUGCUUCACUCAACCGGAACAGUUUUCCAGCCGGUUUCAUUUUUGGGACAGCAUCGGCUUCUUACCAGUUUGAAGGUGCAGCAAAGGAAGGAGGUAAAGGACCAAGUAUAUGGGAUACUUUCACCCAUAAAUAUCCAGAUAAGAUAGCAGAUGGAAGUAAUGGAGAUGUAGCUGUGGAUCAAUAUCAUCGCUACAAGGAAGACAUAGGGUUUAUGAAGGAGAUGAAUUUAGAUGCAUACAGGUUCUCAAUCUCAUGGCCCCGAAUUUUACCGAAAGGAAAACUUAGUGGCGGUGUAAAUAGAGAAGGAAUCAAGUACUACAACAACCUCAUCAAUGAGCUUCUAGGAAAAGGUUUAAAGCCCUUUGUGACAAUUUUCCACUGGGAUCUUCCCCAAGCCUUAGAAGAUGAGUACGGUGGUUUCUUAAGUCCCCACAUUGUGGAUGAUUUUCGGGACUAUGCGGAAUUUUGCUUCAAGGAAUUUGGUGAUCGGGUAGAGCACUGGAUCACACUAAAUGAGCCAUAUACCUUCAGCGAUGGUGGUUAUGUAACAGGGCAGUUAGCACCUGGUCGAUGUUCUGCUUGGCAAAAUCUAAAUUGCACUGGGGGGAAUUCAGGAUCAGAGCCAUAUUUGGUGACACACCACCAGCUGCUUGCUCAUGCAGCCGCGGUUAAAGUGUACAAGCAAAAAUAUCAGGCAGCACAGAAAGGUGUUAUAGGGAUAACACUAGUAAGUCCCUGGAUGGUGCCAUACUCUAAUGCGAACGGCAACCAGAAUGCGGCACAACGUGCCCUUGAUUUCAUGCUGGGAUGGUUUUUGGACCCAUUGGCAAAUGGUGACUAUCCACAUAGCAUGCGAUCUCUCGUUAAAGACCGAUUACCCAAGUUCACCAAAGAGCAAUCCAAGCUAGUAAAAGGAUCAUUUGAUUUUAUAGGAUUAAAUUACUAUACUGCUUAUUAUGCAGCUUAUGCACCUCAACCUAAUGGUGUAAAAGCAAGUUACGCGACAGAUUCUAGUGCUAAUCUUACUGCUUCGCGUAAUGGGAUCCUCAUUGGUGCUCCGGCUGCUUCAAGUUGGCUCUAUGUGUAUCCUAGAGGAAUUCGAGAUCUUUUGCUCUACACAAAGAGGAAGUACAAUAAUCCACUAAUUUACAUCACCGAGAAUGGAGUUGAUGAGUUCAAUAAUGCCACUUUGUCGCUUGAGGAAGCCCUUGUUGACAACCAAAGAAUUGAGUAUUACCAUAGCCAUCUUUGGUACCUUCUUAGGGCUAUCAAGGAUGGCGUUAAUGUAAAGGGAUACUUUGCCUGGUCAUUGCUAGACAGCUUUGAGUGGAGUUCAGGUUACACCAUUCGAUUUGGAAUCAACUAUGUAGACUACAAAAAUGGGUUGAAAAGACACCCAAAACAUUCAGCCCAUUGGUUCAAGAAUUUUCUCAAAAAGUAGACACGGACUAUGCUUGUAUUAUGAACUAAUAGUUUCUUCUCCAAAUAAUAAACUGAAAAUAAUUUCUUGUCCAUUUGUAUGGACUUUGAAUUAUGGAAUCGGUAUCUAUGUACGUGUCUCAAAUUAUUGUUAAAUAAUGACUUAAUAAGAGGGCACUCCAACUGAUUUGGAUUUUCAAUGAAUUAA